AUGUCUAAUCCAUCAGCUGACUUACAAUCGCAGCUUUUUGAGCUUCAGAAACGAAUGGGCAAUAUUCCCAAGUCUUCUGAAGCAACCAAAGACUCAGGUCCCAUGACCCCUUUGUCCUCUGGAUCAGGUAUUCUUUCAACUCCUAGAAGGGCACUUAGGACCAGCAAUUCCAACAAUAUUGGUGCCAGUCCUUCCGGAAAAUUAACACAUACUUCAUCUUCUACUCCUUCUACUCCUCAUGCUCUUACUUCACCAGCAAGUCCUAAAAGAGUUGACUUUCUCAGUGACUUGAGUGAUGGCUUGCUUGUGGAGUCACGUCGCUUGGCCUACGAGAAUAAGCAAUUCAAGAAGAAAUUGGAAGCUUUACAGGCCGAGAAGGACAAGUUCGAGAAUCAGUCCUCCAAUUUGGCCCUUUUAAAUACAAAAUUAAGUGAAAAAGAAGAGGAAUCAGGCGACAGAAUCUGGGAAUUGGAAACAGAGCUUAGUACAACCAAGGAAAGGUUGGACAAAGUCAAUGUCGAGUUGGGCAAGCUUGGCGAGACUAGAGGUUCCCUUGACAAUCGAAUUGGCGAGACUGCACUAGCUUUGGAAGCUUCCAGGGCCGCAAAGAUUCAAUUGGAGAUGGAAACGAACAAGAAGAUUGUGUCUUUGACGCAGGAAGUGCAAGACCUUUGCCAAAAUAACUCAGAACUAAACGAUGAGAACGAUAGUUUGCAGAAACAGAUGUUGGAUCUUCGUGAAAAUGCAUCCAAAACGACUGCGAUAGACUUUUCGAGCGCAGUUAAAGACCUUGGCGAUGCCGGUGACGAAACAGAACAAGAUAUUUCCGUUCUUCUUGAACCGGAACCAAUCGAAACUGUUGCCACGGUAGGAAAUACCGCAGAACUUGAGCGCCAGAUGCUUCAGGCCAAUCUCAACCAUGCUCUUGCUACCAUAGGAAAACUCAGACAGUACAUUGUGAAGCAGAGAUCUUUCUCCUCAUUGUCCACACCCACCGUUGUUUUAAAGCAUCAACAUUCUCCCGUUGGUCACGUCAAUAGAAGAUUGUUCAAAUCAUCGACACGAUCUCCAGGCUCGGUACUUUCCCCAGGAAAUAGGAAAAGUGAGAUUAUUGUGGAAGAGAACAGCGAUGAGGAUAAUGAUGACUGGGAGAAAUAUGAUAACACUUCAAAGAAAGUCGCUUCUAAACUUACCGAUAUUCCCAACCUUGUCAAAACUGCCAGCGAGGACGAAGACAACGAUUCUGAAAAAGACCCCCACGAGGUAUUGGCCGACGAGCUUGGCGAUAUAAGCAGCAUGUCAGGCUUCCAGAGCAGUCCAUUGAAAAGAAAGCAGAUCCAACAAGAUCAAGGAAACGAUACCGGAUAUAUUGCCUUACCUAAGGGAGGUGAUUUGUCUCAGCUAGGGGAUUAUGAUUUGGUUCCCAUGGCUAGAAAUGACUUUGAGACUUUUGUAAAGAAGAGCAGGAAUGUUUCAACUUUAACUGCUGCUGCUGCUGCUGCUGCAUCUUCCACUGCUGUAGUGGGAGAUCUUCGGCUAAUUUCUUCACCAGAAUAUACCAAGCUACAGAAGCAAUUGACUGAUAAACGGAUAGAGGUUGAGAAAUUGCAGAAGAAGUUUACCGAAAAAGAUACCCAUUCGAGUGAAGUUGAAUCUAAGUUAUCCAGGCUACAGGCUGAACUAGCUAAAAAGUCCGAACAACUCGAACAAUUCAGCGAUACUGAAUACAUAAAGAGCAAGAUAGAAGAGAGAGGAUUUGCGGCAGUUUCUAAGGAUGAUUACGAAGGAUUACAGGAAAAGGCUGAAGAGACAGGACAUGAGUUGGCCGCUGUCCAAGAAGAGCUUGGUGGUAAAGAGACCGAGUUGAAGGAGAGAGUUGCAGAACUUGAAACACUGAAGGAGCAAGUUGGUUCACAGGUUUCAGAUGCUGAAAAAUUGCAAGAGCAGAUAGAUGAGUUGAAGGUUCAAGUUCAAAAUGACACUUCUGAGAUUGCGGUACUACAAGAACAAUUGGCUACAGAAAAGAAGGAGGCCCAUCAGGAGAGAGAAGAGGCAUUGAAUAGAGUCAACAUGAAAGAGAGAGCUCUUCAGGAAAUUACGACAAAACUAAAUGCCCCGGACGCUUCAUUCAUUGCAAUGAAAGCAUCCGAUCUUGGCCUUGUUGCCAUAUCUGAAGAAGAGCACAAACAGUUGAAGCUUAGUGUUCAAAGGAAUGAAGAGACAGAGAUUAAGAUUAAAGAACUCGAAACUGAGGUGAUGGAGAAAGAAGCUCAUGUCAAUGCGUUGGAAAAGCAAAUGACAGAGGUUAGGGAAGAGCUUUCGGAAAAGUUGGCCGAGUAUAAAAAUCUUGAGAAGGAACUUAAUUCUGUUGCUGAGAAGCUCAAUGCUGUUGAAAAGCAACGUGAAAUUCCAAGCGCCGAAUACAUCAGGCAGAAAGCUGCAGCUCUUGGUUUUGUCGUUGCUACCAGUCUGGAAUCUGAAAGGACCACGAAAGAGGCCAAAGAUAUCAAGCAGAAGCUUGAUGCUGUGGGUAUCGAGGUUCUGUCGUUGAAGGAUAAGAUCUCCGAAUCGGAGAAGAGUUUGGUUUGUAAGUCACAGGAGCUUGACGAAAAGGAGAAAUAUUCUUCCUCGUUAAAGUCCGAUCUUGAGAAAGUUCAGGCCGAACUUGCUACGACAAGAGCUGCUCAUGAACAGCCAGAUGCUUCUUAUGUGAAGCAACAAGCAGCAGCUAUUGGCUUGGCAGCUGUUAGUGUUACUGAUUAUGCUGCUUUGAAUCAGAAGGCUGAAACUCUGGAAAGGGAGUUGAAAAAGGCCCAGAAGGAGAUAAGGGGUGUCAAGUCUCUUGCCUCCGGUGUUGCCGGAGUUGCUUUGGGUGCCACUGCUGGCACCAUUAGCUUGGUUGGCUCAGCCGCGGGCACUGCUGCAGGAGCUGCCAGUGGUGUUUCGUUAGCUGCAUUACGUUCACAGCUUUCUAAAGCGGAUGCCAUGUACGAGAAACCUACGGCUGAUUACAUCAAGUCUAAGAGCACAUCUCUUGGUCUUGUAGCUAUUCCGGCCUCUCAGCAUAUUGCUCUUACUAAGGAACUUGGCUUUCUCAAGGACAAGCUAGAUCGACGGGAGACUGAAUUAAAUGAAUCUAAGCAGGCGCAUAGCCAAGAGGCAGUUUUAUUGAAGCAACUUCUUGAAACAAAAGAGAGGAAGGUUGUUGAGAUGAAAAACGUUCAUGAUGAAGAAUUGAGGGCCAAGGAAAAUACACUACAGACGGAGAAGAAGGAAUUGAACAGAUUGACUGCCGAGCUUGAGUCCAAGACAUCUGAGUUGAUCACCAAUGCUUCCGAGCUUGAGGCUAGGAUAUCCGAAGUGGAGAAGUUGACGAGUGAUUACAAGCAACUUGAAGGUGAAUACCAAACUCUUAAGGAAUCAUAUGACAAACCAGAUGCCGAGUAUCUGAAAAGUAAGGCUAUUCAACUUGAGAUGGUGAUUAUUCCUGACGCUGAGUACAAGAUGGUAAGCAGGAAGGCCGUGGAGAAGGAGAAGAUUGUUGCGCAACUUAACACUGCCAUUACCCAGCUCAACACCGAAUAUAGCAGUGCAAAGGCUGAGCUGGGAGAGGCUAAGGUUUUACUCAAGAAGACACAAGGCGAGUUGGAAGAAGCUAAUAUGUCACUUAGUAGGGCUGGUGAAGAAAAUGUUUUGAGUGCGGAGAUGCUUGCAGAAAAGGCCAGAAGAAUUAGUGAGCUCAACCAAGAAGUGGAGACCAGGGGUGCUGAAUUUUCCGAAUUGAAAAAGUCUGAGUGUGAGUCGAGAGCCCUCCUUGCAAAGUACUCAGAUGUGGACACUUUGAAGGGCUUAGAGACUCGUUGCGAGAUGGCAGGUCUAGUCACAAUAAGUAAGAAAUCCUACGGAGAUCUAAUGGCUGCACUUAGUAUGCUUGGAAGCGAGUUCAGCUUGGCUGCACAGUACUUGCUGGAGCCAAAUACUACCGAGUUUAGCGGUGGAGUGAUUGACUUCAAGAGCGCUGCUCAAAAGCAGGCUAAAGUGGUCAACGAGUACGAGUCACCUUCUAUUGAUUACUUGAAGUCCAGUGGCUCCAAUAUGGGAUUAAAGAUUUUAACCAUGGGCGAGUACAUCGACUUGAAAGCGGGUGAAAACUUUCGGAACGAGAGUUCUGGCAACAGUGGAAACAACGACGAUGAGGCCAGUAUUGUUAGCGAGAAGGUCAUCGCCGAUUCUGCUACUAAACAACUUGACGCCAAGAGCAAGGAGUUGGCAUCUCUUCAGAAGCAAAUAGAAGACAAAGAGCAACAAUUGAAAGCAUUAGAGAGAUGCUUGGCUGGAGAAGGAACCGAAGGUGUUGAUGAUGAUACCGCUUUACAGAUUUCAGACUUGAAGAAGAAGCUUGAAAGCAAGAGGGGUGAGACUACUGAUGUUGCUGGAGCCUUGAGAAUCAAGUCUCAGGAGCUUACAAAACUGAAGAGCCCUAAAAAGCGGUUGUCAUUACAGCAGCUCAGUGCUGUUGACGUGCAACUAGAUGCGAAGAAGCGUGAGCUAAAGGAGAAGAAGGAAAAUCUUCAAACAAAGAGUACCGAUCUUGAGAAGGACAAAUCGCAGCUUCAGCGGAUGGUGAAAGAGCACAACGGCGAUGUAGAGAAAGUUAGAGCCUUGAGGGCUGAGUUGAAUCAGACCAAUGACACGUUGGACGCAGUGAAUGCAGAAUUGGACGCCAAACAAAGUGCAAUCAACGUUCUUGAGGCAUACAUUGCAUCUAACAAGAAGGAUACCGAAGAGCUAAGUAAAACAGGUGAAGCUAAUAGUGGUGACAGGCUCAAGGAGGAUGUCAAGAAGCUAGAGAAUGAACUAGCCAAGUCGCAGGAUGAGUCUCAGAAUUUGAGUGAUCGUCUUGAAGAGUUAAUGGCAUCAUAUGCUCCGCAGUUGUCUCAGAGAGAUGAAGAGAUUGAGCAAUUGAAGGAAAGUCUUUCCUCCAAGGCUGCGGAGGUUUUCGAAUUGGAAAAGAAGGUUGAAGGCCAGAAGGCCGAAAGGGAACAUGCUGAUCAGUAUGUUGCAAGAGGUGAAUAUGAUGUUUUAGUGAAGAGCGAUGCAGAGAAGUCUAUUCAGAUUAAUCAUCUUGAGGCUCAACUCCGUAACUUCGAGACCCAAGAAAAGUCUGUAAUCACUCCAUCAAGACCUCAUAGUCUCUUCAUGGGAGUUACAGGUCUCUCUAGCGAAAGCUUGCAUCCUGUGGAAUCGGUACAGUCAUCUACAGGUACUUCGGUGUAUGUUGAUGCUGUCAGUAGUCAGGGAGAAUUUCAGGAUAUGGGCAUAGACGAAGGAGAAGGUGUUUAUGGGGAUUCUGAAAAUGUCAUGGAUACUGAGGUCGCUCUCAGAGACAAGGCAAAGAGAAUGGGGUAUGCCUUAAUUCCAAUUGAUGAUACCGAUCAAGCCACAGUUCGAAGCGAAGAGUCUAAAGAUGUUGGCAACACUACCAUUGGCACCGUAGCUAGCGUGGGUACUGUUAUGGCCUCGCUUCCUCAGGUUCAAGCCUACGCUAAUUCGCAUGACCUUACGUUGAUGCCCACGGCUCAGGCUAGUAAGCUCAUGCGCCACACUGUUACCUCUCAAGACCUUGCAGCCAAGGCUGCUGAAUACAGCUUAUCUUUGGUACCUGAAGAUGAGCUCUCAGAGCUUAGACAGAGAGCACCAGCUAAUGCAGAUCAAAUCUCUAAGGCUGCAAAGGCCAAGGGAUUGCUAUGCAUUCCUGAAGACAGGUUCAUUGCUACCACCGUGUGUAGGAAGCCGGAUCCUGUUAAUGUCGUUGUUGUUCCUUCAAGUUAUUACUCCAAGCUUAUCAAAAGCCACGAGUGGUACAAGGUGCAUCGUAAUGAUGCCUCUGCCGCUCAAAAGAGAACAUCAAGUACUGCAUCUUCAUCUGCAGUGUCUACGGAAACGGGAGCACAUCAUGACGUUCAGCAGUCAGACUCCUCAGCGGCCUUUGGAUUCAAUCAAGAGCCUCCAGCUAAUUCUCCUGCCUUUGCACUUGCUCAGUUGGCACGAAGAAAUGGUGGUAAUGUGGCCUUAGAUGCUACCUCAUUGCAUACGGUCAAUACUGUGAUCUCAACCAAGCGUGAAAUGAUUGCUGCCAUUACUCAAACAAUUAUCGGUGAGUAUUUAUUCAAAUACUUCCGGAAGCUAGGACCGUUCGUCUCCUCAGUUAGUGAAUCACGUCAUGAGAGAUACUUCUGGAUUCAUCCUUACUCUUUGACAUUAUACUGGUCCACAUCGAACCCAUCUCUAUCGGAUCCAUCAGAGAAUAAGAUCAGAGCUUUGGCAAUUGCCCAUGUCAAGUCGGUUGAUGAUAACAAUCCUCUUCCUCCAGGCUUGUAUCAUAAGUCCAUUAUUGUGUCCUCUGAAGAUGGUCGUUCCGUCAAAGUGACAUGCCCAACUAGACAGAGACAUAACAUUUGGUUUAACUCUAUCAAGUUUCUCAUUGAGAAAAAUGCUGAGGGUCUUUUAGAUGAUGGUGACGAAGAAAAUCAGUAUAAUGAAACAUUUACCAUGGACGAGAAAACCGAGGUGGAGAGAUCCCAGUCGCAAUCUUUCCGCCAUCAGCAGCCCAGAAGUAGUAUCUUAGCGUCCAACAGGAAAUUGUCUCGAGUGAACAGUCGAGCUUCUUUGGAAACUGCUAGUGUCGCUAAAUCUACAAGCUCAGGGCUUCUAACUGUCCAUUCUAUGAAGAGACAUUUGGCUAAUCUUCGGAGAGGUGAUUAA